AUGGACGAGGUCAAUCUGCGUCGCAAGGACACCACCAAGGGUCCGCCGCUGCGAAUUCUAUCUCUCGAUGGAGGCGGCGUCCGCGGAUACUCCAUGCUGAUCAUUCUUCAGGAAAUCAUGUAUCGGACAUACGUUGAAUGCGAGGGCAAGCCACCUCGUCGCGAUCAAAUUCCCAAGCCAUGCGACCACUUCGAUCUCAUUGCUGGCACGGGUACGGGCGGCCUGAUUGCGAUUAUGCUGGGUCGUCUACGCUUGGAUCUCGAGACAUGCAAGGAAGUCUACGUGCGAAUGACAAGAAAAGUCUUUGAGACAGACAAGACGAUCGCCGGCAUACCCUAUCGCUCAACGCUAUUCAAGGCAUCGAAACUCGAGGAAGCGAUCCGGGAAUGUGUUCGCGAGCACACCAUCUUCGAAGGGGAGGGCAACGAUCAACCCAACCGGACGGACGCUCGCGCAUCCAUGGCGAGUCUCCCGUACAGUCCGGGCUCUGUGCCUCAAAGAUCUGUGAGCCGUGGCAGUUUCAGCACGUCGGCCAUGUCUCAUCCGCAGAGUCCAAGCAGCUCGCGUGGCUCAACGUUCCUGAAUGGCCUGCGCUGGGGUAACCCGGAGGCGUUACUCUACGACAACCGGGAAUUCAGAACGAAAACUGCCGUGACUGCGCUGUACAAGGGUACCCGUCGCGGAGGAUCAGCAGUGCUUCUUCGUUCCUACGAUUCUCGUCGCGAACCACCGCCAGAGUUCGAUUGUACCAUCUGGCAAGCGGGCCGCGCUACCUCCGCUACGGGACUUGCCUUUAAGCCCAUCCAAAUCGGACAGCAUGUGUUUAUCGAUGAAGGACCCGGUACCUACAAUCCUGCGCCCCAGGUUCUCGAAGAGGCUGUCGUCAAUGAAUGGCCGGGUCGCGAAGUCGGUGUCUUCAUCAGUGUUGGAACCGGACGGCGGCCGCCCGGUACGAAUAAUCGGCAACACGAAUGGUGGGAAGACUUUUUUGGGUCCGCGACUGGCACAUUUGCAGAAGCGCGCCGGCGGCUAAUCACCAAGAUUGAAGGCUGCGAGGCGAUCCACCAGGAAAUGCUGAAGGACAUCCUUGCCAAGCGCGGGGUGCCCAAGGACAAUUACUAUCGCUUCAAUGUGGAGGUCGGUGUCGGUGAGUUCGGCAUGAAUGAGUGGAAUCGCCUGGCAGACAUCAGCACCAACACGCGGCAAUAUCUGGCCAAGGCGGAGGUGAAGAAGAUGAUUCUCGAUUCAAGCGUCAAGUUUGCCAAGAUCGAUCGCAUGAACAGACGCCUCGCUCAGCAUGCGGCCGCAGGGGGCGACCGGGAUGACUUGUCCUUUGACAUGGAGCGCGAGGAGAUCUCGGUGCACACUCGCAAUCCAUCCUAUUCGGUACCGCCGCCGAAUCACUUCGCCGUUGAACUCCCUGCAUCACCUGUGGAUGCUCUUCCUUCACCUCUAGGCCAGGCUCCUACUAUUCCUUCCCAACCUCAUGCAUCCGUCAUCGUGACUGCGCCUCCGUCGGGCGAUUCGCUGCCUGCGCAUCCGACCCCGCAAGACGGUCCAUUAUCUCCAACAUGGCAUUCGAGCGGCGAGACGAGUGGCUUCCGACCGAGCCACGAGGCCGAUCGGCCUGGCUCGCAACAGCAGGACUCUCCUCAGCGCAGCAACGACCAGUUUCCUUCGUAUAAUGUGUCGCCACUCAGCGGAAUGCCUCCGCCUAUUCCUCCUAAAACCCCGAUACCUUAUCCUUCAACCGAGGAUCCGGGGGUGUCGAUGCCCGCACCUCUCUUUUCUCAGCCCCAUGCACCUGUUGCUGGCGGUAAAGUGCGCCCUCCUUAUCCGGUGGAUGAGCCUCCACCCGUGGUCAAUCGGCAGCGCAAGCCUAGUUUCCAUGUGCGAUGA